CGACGCCGUUACAGCGCGGGAUGGCCUGCCUCUGCUGCCGCAAGCGGAAAAUGAAAUGUGACGGCCUGCGCCCCGUGUGCACGCAAUGCUUAAAGUCGAACCGCGGGGCCGACUGUCAAUACUACGAAAAGAAACAUAUUAGCCGCACGCAGCUCCUACAGCAGAAGGUCGCAAAGCUCGAGGCACGCCUCCGCGAACUCGAGUCGGAGCAGUCAGAGUCGGCUUCAAGUUCCUCAUCUGCGAGCGCAUCGUCCUCUGCGCCUUCUCCCGCCGCGCAGCCUGUCAAUCCAGGGCUGCUCGAUUAUUCUGAUGGCCUGUCAUUAAAAGAUGGCAGUUCGCACAGUGGGAGCAUCCACGGAACCUUCCCGGUCUUCGAUUUUACUCCUCAAUCAUCCUUCGCGCUCGCAGAUCCCUUCCCUGCUGAUACGUUAUGGCAGAGUCAAUCACUACUGCAGACGCCGUCAUCGCCGCCGUCGCCAAGUGCACAUGCCACUUCUUUCUCACAACGGUCGAGUUCAUUAAAUUGGUGGGAGGACGGGAAUGUAUUUUGCGAGAACAAACAGAGACUACUAGAAACCUUCUUCGCGCACAGGCAUCAAUGUGCGUUCGACGUGCACCUCGGUCGGUUCCAAUCCUCGCUGUUCCUCGCGCCUUCAUACCAACCACACCCUGCACUCAUGGACGCGAUCUACCUUCUCGCAUGCUACUUCUCUCGCUCAAGUCACCUAACGAAGCUCGAGCCGCAUUUCCUCAAACGCGCUCUGCAGGGCAUCACCGAUGCGCUGCAGAAACAAGACCGCAUGGUGCACGUCCUACAAGCCUCCUCGCUUCUCGCUGUCUACUUCUUUUGUAAUGGACGCGUGCUCGAGGGGUACUACCACUCCUCCACCUCCGCCCGCCUCACGAUCGAUCUCGGCCUUCACCAGCUCAAGCCCGUCGACUGGCCUGCCGCGCUGCACAUGCCUCUCUCCGGCGCUGCGGUACUCGCACCGCAAGCCUCUGGCUCUGGCUCAUCCUCAGCCUCAACACAGGAAGCAACCUCCUCCUCGUCGGUGCAGACUGAUGUGACCUUCCCGCUACCACCUCCGCGCGACCCGAUCGAGCACGCGGAACGCGUUGCGGCGUUCUGGCAGAUAUUCAUCGUCGACCGCGCGUGGAGCGUCGUGACGGGCCUGCCGUCCGCGCUGCCGGACGAUGACCACCCCCGCACGCAGAUCGAGACGUCGUGGCCAAUGAGCAUCAUGGACAUGUCGAUGAGCCCGGAGGCGAGCGGAACGUUGUUACCGGUAUAUGGCGAGCGCCUUCCUGGUCCUGACCUCGCGGCGUCAACAGCGACGCUUCGUGCUAAAGCGGUUAUGCUCUUCGAGCGCACGGCGCGCUUCUCGCAACCGCGUCAUGACUCGGAUUGGCUCGAACAUCGAUCACUCGAGAUGUCGCUCGCGCAAUUCAGCACGAACCUGCCGGAGAUCACACGACGCACGCCUCAAAUCGCGGUGGACAUCGAGCUUGUGAGCGUCCACACGCUCAUCCACACCGCGACGAUCCACCUCAAUCGCGCGCAUCUCGAGGCGUCUUUGGCGUCGUUUGAGAAAUGCCUCGCGGCGGCGAACGCGGUCGCAACCAUAAUUAGUAAGUUGGCAGAGAGCGAUUAUGGGCACUUGGACCCUAUCAAUGGCACGUGUUGGCGUUCCGUUGCGGACGUCUACGUGCGGGUAUUGACUGCAGCGCAGACUUAUGGGCUGCAGUGCGAUGCGAUGGCUAUCGGUGAGGCACUCAGCAUGCUGGUCGCCGCCAUGAGGCGGCUUACGAUGUUCUUCCCGGUGGCGACUAUGCCUUGACAGCAACUUGUCACUCUAAAGAACGGUUUCCCUACAUCAGUUUGUCUUUGUACCAAUGCUCGAAAUGUUCUCAAAAGUUAAGCUAAACUAAUGUGUACUCUGGUGGACGCGGACUUGCGACAUGUCUGCGUAUAAUGUAGCAUACGGCUCGAUGCCUUCGCUCACGAGCAGUGUAUUAAUAUUGUAGAAGUUAGAUACGCCACUUGGAAUACUGAUUCAGCUGUGGGUUGGGGGACUAUGACCGAG